ACCGCUCCCUGGCAACGGCGGCCACCCCGGCCGGGCGGCGGCAGCAACGGCUGGACAGGCAGACUCGCCGCACUCAGCCAGGUAUGGUGUAAAUAACACUAAGCAUUACUUUACCUGUGGUCACUUUGCAUGCAGCUCCCAUACAAUCCAUCUUCUCUCUUGCAAUGUCGUCGUCAUCAUCCUCUUCAUCCUCACCAUCACCACCACCAAGGCGACCUGGUAGACCCACCAUAUAUUCCCCAUUAGAAAAAAAGAGGAGGAGAAAGAGUCUAGAGAGAAAAAGGGCUCAAUCAAGGAUAUGUAUAAGAGAACAGAUAGGAAGAUGGAUGUCACUUAGGGAAACACUUAAUGUCUUCUCACAUGCUGAAGUUGCCAAGUUUUUGCUGGACUUAUAUGACAAUUAUGAAAACCGAGAUGUGUGCAAGGAAUCAAAAGUGAAAAUACAGGAAGCAGAUGGAAACUCAACAUUAAAUGCAGAAGAGGAUGUGCCAGAGACCUCUUUAGCAGCAGGCACUGAAAGAUUGCUAUGUGAAGAUUUAGAGGAUGAAUCUACAGACAGUUCAGGGGAAGAGUGUACUAUUGAUAAUGAAUAUGACCUUUCUAAAAGUUUUUCUUCAGUUAAACACUUGAAAAAUGUGUCUAUAGCAGAGGAUAUAUUGGGUAUAACAGAUGAAUGUGAUGAUGGGUCACAAGGUGACUUUAUAGAAACCUUUGAGGAGACAACUCGUGAUAUGACUUUGGAUGACACCCAGGAUAUUUCUCAUGAAAAAAUUCACAUUGUUUAUGAACGAUCCCUUCUUCAACUAGCCAAAAAAAUUGUUAUACCAAAAUGUAUGUUUUGUGCUGGUGAAGUUGAUAUUUCUGUACAGCCUGUUUCCUCCUGUGUGCAUUUGAUAUGGGUGAGUAAUAUACCUUGUAAAUGUCUCUCUCUCUCUCUCUCUCUCUCUCGCUAACUAAUUCUCAAUAUGUUAAUAGUAGUUUAAUUUUCUAUGGUCCUGAUCCUGCAAUCAGAUCAACAUGUGCAGAGC